GCGCACACGCACACGCACACGGGCACGCACACACUCUCUCACCCCCAGCGGAGCGUAGAGGAUCGAUUGAGAUCCUUCAUCUUCAACGCCGAUCUCCAUAUCGCUUAAUAUAGGUGUGUAUUCUCCACCUCUAAUCCUCAUUUCUCCGCUCUCGAUUGCGAUAUUGCAGCUGCGGUAUUUGGACGUCGCCCCGAUUGAUGCCUCAAUUUGGUUUUCUCUAUUCCAUGUUUCGCGAUAUCGAACAAGGUGAAACUUGUGAUCUCAUAGAUUGUGAAGGUUAUCAUGGCGAGAAGAGGAAUAAAUCCCAACCGACGAUUGGUUGACACUGGGAGUAUCCCGCUCGUUAGUUCACUGCAUCAGAAGUCGCGAUCAUCGCCGUUGCUAUCGAUCGGAUUAGUUGUUCUGGGUGCUUUUCUGCUCAUCGGUUACUCCUAUAGCAGCUCAGGUGGAUUUGGCGGCAAUAAAGAAGCUAUAACCAGGGGUGAAGGUGCUUCUUGCACACCAGAAGUUCUCCAAGCAAUACCUAUUUUAAAGAAAGUUUAUGGUGAUAGCAUGCGGAAAGUUCUACAUGUAGGUCCAGAUAGCUGUUCAGUUGUUUCAAAGUUGAUGAAUGAAGAUGAUACUGAAGCAUGGGGCGUAGAACCUUAUGAUUUGGAAGAUGCUGAUAGUAAUUGCAAGAGUCUUGUGCGCAAGGGCUUUGUGCGUGUAGCUGAUAUUAAGUUUCCUCUGCCGUACAGACCAAAAUCUUUUAACCUUGUCAUAGUUUCAGAUGCAUUGGAUUAUCUGUCCCCAAAGUACCUUAAUAAAACCCUUCCAGAUUUGGCGAGGGUAUCUGCUGAUGGUCUUGUUAUAUUUGCUGGUUAUCCAGGUCAGCAAAGAGCAAAAGUCUCGGAGCUGUCAAAAUUUGGAAGACCGGCCAAAUUAAGGAGUUCGUCAUGGUGGAUAAGAUAUUUCAUUCAGACCGGUUUGGAAGAGAAUGAAAAUGCAGUGAAGAAGUUUGAACAGACUGCUGGCAAAGGAUCUUACAAACCGGGCUGCCAAGUUUUCCAUCUUAGUUAUAGUUCAUAGCGGCUAAUUUUCGACCCCUCAUAUGACAAGUCGGAGUAAGUUGGUUCUAUUUUGUAACUUAUCAUAUUGGCCACUUUUUCGCUCGGUUGUGGAGAUCUGUCCAACUUGCACUUAGUUUAUGCACUUAUUAUAAGAAUUUAGUUCUUCGGAGCUAAAUUUACAUGCGAAGCUAUGUAUUAGUUUUUUAUUUCUUUUUGGCCAGAGUGGUGUAACUGCAAUAGGUUACAUUAUCUACUUGUUUCAGUCGCUUGUUGGCUUUUAUUCAGCAACCAAGGUUUUGUUAUCUAAAUCCGACUUUUUAAUUUAGUCCCUGUUAGUGCUGAA